CGAAAGUGUGUCAGUAGUUCCAGUAGUUUAGCCGUGGAGCACUUUAAAUUCUGUCCUGACAGAACAUUCAACAAUAAGUUCAAUUGACAAAUGCGUUUUUAAGGUUUUUAAUAUGCUAUCGAUGUAUUCGCGUCUAGGAACUAUAUUUGAAAUGUGAAGAUGAAUUAAAGGAAGUGGAACUAUUAAUUAUGACCUUAACUAUGAUGUCAUCUGUUAUGCUAUAGGCAAACACUUCAGGGAGAAAUAACAGCAUUGUUUUACAACAUGGCAACAGCCUCAGGUAAUCACUUCGAGUGGCAGCUUUUUAAUGGACAGCAGUGGGGUUCUAUCUUAAAUGAUUUUGUCAUCGAGGUCCAUUACUGUCAGGCAGGGGCAAAAGGGAUCACCAUCCACCUCAACAAAGGGCCUGUCUAUAUUGACUUUGACGACAUGACAGUCACCGGACCUCUUGCUAACGGCUAUAGUAUUCGACGUAAUACGCUGCUGUCCCAUAACCAGAAAGAAGUAAUAGGCUGGUACUACAAAGACAACUAUCGCUGGUGCGAAUAUGGUUCUCAGGGAUCAGGUGGGAUGUCAUCCUCGAUUACAAGUGAUUUUAUAGAGCAGCAGUACAACAUCAAUCCAAGGGGCUCAGUCCAGUUUACUGUAGGAAACAUGACUUACAAGGUGGACUUCAGUGCCAUGACUCAAACCAAUCUGUCCACAUAUAUGUUGAGGAAAGUAAGGCGGCGACCAAAAUUCAAAGAAGUAGUAACAGACAACAGCAUUACUCAAAACAGUUUACCAGUUGUGGCAUCUCCCUCUGCAAACCCUACAAAUUAUUCUUCUCAAACUAUCUGGGAGUUUAUGGGUGAUGAGGGUAUUUGGACUGAGUACCAGAAACCAGGAUGUUCGUUGGAUAGUGCGGAAAUUGAGAGGUUGUAUCAGCUCAACCCGCAGUGCCAAGUUUCAUUCACAGUCAGACGAUUCUCUUACACUCUUUACUUUAGUGGAAUGUAUCAAGUGAACAAUAAAUAUGGUACAAAAAGAUCUGUCAGGAGAAUCCCCAGUGGACAGCAAACAAACAGUACAUUGUCACAAGUUCGCUGGCAGUUCAUGGACAUGGAUGGACAAUGGACGGAUUACAUUAAAGGUGGUACUAGGGGAUGUUGCAGUGUGUCAAGUCAAGAUAUUGAAGCAGAGUACCAGCAGGACUCCACUGGGAUGAUGCGUUUCAGAGCAGGCCGAUUCAGCUAUGAGCUAGAUUUCUCAGACAUGUCCCAGACCAACCUGUCCACAAACACCAGGAGAUCUGUACGCCGCCUUUAGCCAUAAGACCUCACCUGUCUAUUAUGUUUACUUUCAUAUUUACUUGUAGUUAUACAUGAAUGAUCUCAGGAUGCUGGCUCAUGCAAUGUUUGCUGGCCAUUCUCAGAAAAUGUCAAAAUGCAGCUCCAUUGUGUUUUUUUCUGCGUUGAUGCCAUAGAAGAAACAUUUUUAAUUCUCCAAAGAACCUUUGAGUGAACAGUUUCUUUUAGAAGAACAUUUUAAAAUCUAAAGAACCCUUUCCCACUGUAAAGAACCUUUUAUACAUUUGAAAGAUUCCAUAGUUUAAGCUUCCUCAUGGAACCAUUUGACACCAAUAACUUGAUUUUUAAGAGUGUAUCACGAAACGGAAUAUCAAAUUCUGUUUACUUUGUCUAAUGCUAACUCAAGUGCCUAUAUUGUUUUAUUAAUUGCCAUAAGAAGUAGUUUUCGUGGUGAUUAUGUUCUUGAAAAAUGCUACUUUUAUUCUUUGUAUUUUUUCUUUUUAGUGCAUUUACUGUGCAAUAUGUCUUAUGACAGUUCUCAACAUGAAUGUCUGCGCAAUGAUUUUUGUUUUUAAACUGCCUUGGGUCUCAUUAUAUAUUAAUAAUUACAUAUAAAAAAUAUGUUUAUAAGUGCUAAUAAUCCAUGCAAGGUUUCAUUUUCAUUGUUUUUUAAAUGACUUACAUGUUCAUUAGAAUAAUUAAAUAAAUCUUUUUAAAAAUCA